GCAAAAAAAAAAGCAACUGGCAACGACAAUGAGACGAAGAAACCUCCGAAGAAGCCAGUGAACUUCGCGGGCAGAGCAAAUGCCAAGCUCAACAGUGGACGCACUACAGUGACAGACUCCAAGUAUUGGAUUCGAGUUAUCGAAGAGGACCAGAAGCAGCCGGAAGAGGACAAGCGCAAAGUGUUGCUAGCCUUGUCAAAGCAAUUGGCCGAAGGCUAUGUCUCCCAGCUUAAGCACUAUCAGGGGCCGAUCGAAGCGGCAACGGACGCAUUGGAUAUGAAGCUUAUUGAGGGCUGCAAGGACGAAAAGUCACUACAGCCCUUGAUGACUGUCCUUGACACAGCUGUGGAAAACUACACCACUGCUGUGCGACCCAUUCGUGCCCUCUUCGAAACUUUGCCUGCCAUCAUGUCUUAG